GUGUGGUCUUGGUCACACUAUUGUUGUUGCUGAUUGCUCCUUCGUUCAGUUGUAAAGGCCCUGCAAGUGCCAGGCAUCACAUCGCAUCGCUCGGGUACACAAGUCGGCCAUACACCGUCAGCGUGGGCUACACGAUAUGAACACAGGGCCGCUACGCGCCUGCACACCAUGUCAUAAUAAACUCGUUGUCCCAACUGCUCGAUCAUCGUCCACGGGCCUGUUCUGGCGCUCACGGCGCAGCACGCAGCUUGCAAAGGGGCUGGCGGGACCACAGUUUCUGACGCCGGAGAAGGAGAUCCAGGAUGCUCUUGUGCAGGGCCUGAAAGAGGCCAAAGGCAGCACAGGGCGCAUUGUGUACAACGGGCUGCACCAUGUUGGACUGCUCGUGGAGGACCUGGAGCGCUCCCUGGAGUUUUACAUGGGAGUUUUGGGCCUGGAACUGAACCCUGCGCGCCCAGACAGCAAGCUGCCCUACCGCGGCGCAUGGCUCUGGAUCGGCAGUGAGAUGAUCCACCUGAUGCAGCUGCCGAACCCAGACACUCUCGACAUGGACAAGCGGCCUCAGCAUGGCGGCCGCGACCGCCAUUUCUGCAUUGGUGUGCAGUCCAUUGAGCCGCUGGUGCAGCGCCUGGAUCAGGCUGGGGUGCCUUACACCAAAUCUAUGAGCGGCCGCCCAGCGCUCUUCUUCAGGGAUCCAGACAUGAACGUGCUGGAGAUCGGAGAGAUGGGAACCUGGCGCGCCUGA